ACAAUGACAUGCUAGCUAACCUUUGCACCGGUCUGAACCAUAAACCUCAACCCUGGUCACUAUUAUCAACAACUUUAGGUCAGUAUAAACUUAUGCAGUUGAGAUAAAUAAAUUUUAAUUCUUGAAGUGUCUAUAAAAGGACCAUUGUGUUGCUCCUCUAACCCACAGCAAAACUAAAGGAACAUCUAAGGAAGGACAAUACUCCAGCAAUCAAUAUAAUGUCUACUGCUCCUGCCCUCAUCAAGUGUACACUCUUCUUCUUUCUUGUAGCUUCUGUCUUCAGUAAAUUAGCUUUGGAAAUUAAACAAGUUGACAUUUGUGUCACUCAACUGAAUAACAAUCUACCAAGAACUUGCAGUUUUCAUCUCUUGACUGGAAACAUAAUCAUCCCUGACCACUUAUCCAGUGAAGGUUUAGCAGAAUUGAAUGCAGCUUAUGCUAAAAACUGUAUCCCUGCCUGCGUUGAGCCCAUUCUGCAGUAUUAUCGAUGUCUUUCUUCUGAAGCUCCAAGUCAUGCUACAACUAUAAAUUUUGCAAUCAAUCUACUACAAAAUGUUUAUUGUGGACGUGACGGUGAGGAAUACUGUUUUGUUAAAUUCUUUCGUUUGAAUGACACCCUCCCUGAGCUUGAGACUUGCCCGGACAUCUACACAGAUGUUAAUGAUGUAACGUUGGUCUGCAAUGCUACAACCCCUGAAUCUUGUUACGAUGACCUUUCUACUUUUUCUUCUAUGCUGGGUUGCUGUGCUACUGGUUUUCUUCCUUAUCGGCAGGAUUGUAACGUAACUUUUGAUCCUCCUUGUGGUUAUAUGUCUCCCAACACUUCUACUCCUACCAGCACUACUAUUCCUACUCCUACCGUCAGUCCUGCUAAUGGGUUGUAUCCUUUUGCUGCUCUCUCAAUGAUUGCCUUUGCUAUCCUUGGACUCCUCUUUUAAUAAAAACUUUACCAAUUAAACUAAAUUAAUUGAUGUACACUU